AUGAAAGAGGUGAUGUCCAUGACACGAAGGAGAAACCAUCGAAAGGGUAUCUUAAACCGUGUUGAAGAAGAAAUAAGAAAACAGAAGCUGAAUGGAGAACUGAACGAUCACGAUAUAGUUCUGUUAAAAGGGAAAAAUAAAUGUUCUUGGUCACAGCUGCGGUUAGCAAAGCCGCCGAUGGAGGGACAAAAUGAGAUAUGGUUCCCAUACGCUACUCCAAAGUAUAACAAUACGGUUGUAAAAAACAGAGUCGCAACAGGGGAGAGAAUGAGGAAGUGGAAUUGUAAUAGACGAGGGAACACUUAUUUUUCCACUGCCUAUACUCAAAAAGAUAUGGGAAGACCUAACAAGGGGAAUUUUCUCGGACAGAUUCUCGGUGAGUUGGACAGAGGUUAUGAAGAUUUUAUCUGA